AUGGAGGAUCCCUUAUGUACUGUUAAACUAACUUUAAAUGACUUAUCAGGUGCUGGUGCAGGUGGUUCUUCGGCCUCAUACUGGAUUUCUGAAGCCUUUGGCAAUUCAUCGACAUCAAUUAAAACUACAGUUUACGAGCAAUUUUCACAAGUUGGAGGGCGUGCACUAGUUUAUAACUAUACGCGUGAUAAUACUCAGAUUUUUGUUGAAUUAGGUGCAUCCUUAUUUAUUGAUGUUAAUUAUCAUAUGACGAAUUCUGCUAAAAAAUUUGGAUUGGAAUUUAUUAAUUAUGGUGAAGAACUCAACAAUUCAAAAGUUGGAAUAUGGGAUGGAAAUCAAUUUGUUUUCGAACAGUCUUCAAGUUCGUACUGGGACAUCCCUAAACUCAUUUGGAAAUAUGGAUGGGCUCCUAUUAAGGUUCAACGAUUAGUCAGUUCAACUAUAUCAAAAUAUUUGAAGACAUAUGAGCUUAAAGAACCCUUUAAAAGUGUUGAUUCAGAAGCAGAAAGGCUUCAUCUCGAUUUAGAACGAAAAUUCACAGCUCAAUAUUAUUUUUCUGAAUUAAAGAAUAUUAAUCAACUUUACCUUCAACAUUUGGUUGAACCUAUGACUCGUGUUAAUUAUGGUCAGAAUUUAGGUGAAAUUCAUGCAAUGGGUGCAUUUAUUAGUCUUGCACCAACAGGUGCAAAGAGUAUUAAGGGUGGAAAUUACAAACUUUUCGAAAAGUUUAUUGAAAACUCUGGUGCAACUUUGAAUUUGAAUACUAAAGUUGUAAAAGUAACUAAAUUUCGGACAACAAAUGGUGCAGAGGAAUCAGAGAAAUAUAUGGUGCAAACAAAAAAUGGUACCACUGAAAUAUUUGACGCAAUCAUCAUGGCUGCACCUAUUCAAUUUUCUGGAAUAGAAUUUGAAAAUAUAUAUUUGGAAAUGAAAAAUAUUCCUUAUGUGACACUUCAUGUCACAUUCAUAACAGGACGCUUAAAUCCAUCUUAUUUUAAUUGUACAGGAGUUGAAAUUUGUCCAAAUCAAAUAUUAACAACAAAUAGUGGUAAAACAGAAUUUCUCAGUUUGGCUUCGAAAGUUGUGCUAGAGAAUGGUGAAACGUUGAACAAAAUAUUUUCGCAUGAAAAGAUGUCUGAUGAAGUACUUGACAGGAUUUUUUCGGAAAGAUCCUGGACUUUUCGAAAAGUAUGGAAAUCUUAUCCAAGAUUAAUACCGAAUCAGACAUUUCCACCAAUAGAACCAGAUACAAAUUUCUUUUAUGUUAAUAGUUAUGAACCAUUUAUUUCGGUUAGUAUAUUUAACAAGAUUUAA